UCUUUUGGGGCAGCGGUGGCCCGGAGGCAGCCGGCGCGUCCACGUCACCGCGAGCCGUUGACGACGGAACGUUGGCACCGAGGCCCCGCCCCGCUCUGGCUCCAACCGCCAACCCCGUCCCCAUGGCGACCCGCGGCCUAGCGCGCAGGCCUCAGGGCCUCUCCUUCGCUUCCGCGGCCUGAUGGAGCAAUACAACAUCCUCGGGCGGAUCGGGGAGGGGGCUCACGGCAUCGUCUUCAAGGCCAAACAUAUCGAGACGGGGGAGACGGUCGCCUUGAAGAAAGUGGCUCUGCGGAAGCUUGAGGAUGGAAUUCCGAACCAGGCACUGCGAGAAAUUAAAGCUCUUCAGGAAAUUGAGGAUAAUCAGUAUGUGGUGAAGCUGAAGGAUGUUUUCCCCCACGGGACCGGGUUCGUGCUGGUGUUCGAGUACAUGCUCUCCGACCUGUCGGAGGUCAUCCGCAACUCCGACUGGCCCCUCACCGAGUCGCAGGUCAAAGGUUACAUGAUGAUGCUGCUCAAGGGAGUGACCUUUUGCCAUCAGAACUCCAUCAUGCACAGGGAUCUGAAGCCAGCCAACCUGCUGAUCAGUUCGACGGGACACCUGAAAAUCGCAGAUUUUGGCCUGGCACGGGUUUUUUCCAAUGAAGGCAACAGACUCUACAGCCACCAGGUGGCUACACGGUGGUACCGAGCCCCGGAGCUGCUUUAUGGAGCUCGUAAAUAUGAUGAAGGUGUGGAUAUUUGGGCUGUGGGCUGCAUAUUCGGGGAACUCUUGAACAACUCGCCACUGUUCCCUGGCGAGAACGACAUCGAACAGCUCUGCUGUGUGCUCCGGGUGCUCGGGACACCCAACCACAGGACCUGGCCGGAAAUCACGGAGCUUCCGGAUUACAACAAGAUUACCUUCAAGGAGAACCCGCCCAUCCCGUUGGAGCAGGUGGUCCCGGACGCCUCGCCGGAAGCGGUGGACCUGCUGAAACGCUUCCUGAUCUACCCAUCGAAGCAGAGGAUCAGUGCUGCUGAGGCCCUUCUGCACCCGUACUUCUUUAAGGAGCCGCUCCCAGCCCACCACUCCGAGCUACCUAUCCCACAGCGGGGAGCCAAGAAGAGCCAGCAGAGGCUGCAGCACCAGCACGAGUUCCACACUGACCGGCCCCUUGAGGAGUCGGUGAUCGACCCAGAGCUCGUCUCCCAGCACGUCAGGAUCUGGUGAAGGGGUGGGCAAAGGUCGAACCUCCCCAAUGCCAAGGACCAUUGGCAGCGAGGAACGAACUAGCCGGGACGUUGGAGACAAUGAUACCCGUAUGGUGCCCACGUAGAGAGAGAGACGUAGGCUGCUAUUCCGCUUUAUAGAGACCAUCUUCUAUAAAAUACACAGCGGCUGCCACUCCAGCGCUUCAUCUUGCAAUUAUAUAGCACCCUUAAUGUAAUAAAACAUCCCCAAGGA